UGAACGUCAGAAUUCGUUGUUCCGGUUUGAACAUGUGGAACGGGUGCUUGAAGAAAUCACACUUUACACAAAAGUGAUCAAAAAAAAUCUAAAUAAUAGACAACAAACGGGUUUGUUACCAUGGGUAAAUUAAACGUCGUUAUCCUGCGUUAUCUUUCCAGAGAUGACUUUAGGGUCCUGACAGCGGUGGAAAUGGGCAUGAAGAAUCACGAAAUCGUCCCAGUUAGUCUCAUUUCAUCCAUUGCCAGUCUGAAACAUGGAGGGUGCAACAAAGUUUUGAGAGAGCUGGUCAAACAUAAACUGCUGGCGUAUGAACGCAGUAAAACUGUGCAGGGAUAUCGCCUAAAUAACGGUGGCUAUGAUUACCUGGCACUAAAGACACUUUCAUCCAGAGAUGUUAUUCUGUCUGUUGGAAACCAAAUGGGAGUUGGCAAAGAGUCAGAUAUUUACAUUGUUGCUAAUGCUGAGGGGGAACAGUUUGCCCUGAAACUUCACAGACUGGGCCGGACAUCCUUCAGAAACCUCAAGAACAAGAGAGAUUACCACAAACAUAGACGCAGUAUGUCCUGGCUGUACCUGUCUCGGCUCUCUGCCAUGAAAGAGUUUGCAUACAUGAAGGCAUUAUAUGAUCAAGGAUUUCCUGUUCCAAAGCCAGUGGACUACAACAGACAUGCAGUGGUUAUGGAGCUCAUUAAUGGUUACCCUCUAUGUCAGGUUCGAGAGAUUCUAGACCCUGCUGCACUGUACAAUGAAAUUAUGGAGCUGAUAGUCAAACUUGCCAAUCAUGGCUUGAUUCAUGGAGACUUCAAUGAAUUUAAUCUAAUGCUUGAUGACAGUGACCAUGUCACAAUGAUUGACUUCCCUCAGAUGGUCUCCACCUCACAUUUAAAUGCAGAAUGGUACUUUGAUCGGGAUGUCAAGUGUAUUCGAGAUUUCUUCUGCAAAAGAUUCAAUUAUGAAAGUGAACUCUAUCCAACAUUCAAAGAUAUAAGGAGAUCAUGUUCUCUGGAUGUGGAGAUCUCAGCCAGUGGCUACACCAAAGAGCUGCAGCAGGAUGACUGUUUGCUCCACCCUGAAGGUCCAGAGAGUGAGGAGAGACUCAGUGGAGAUGAAGACGAUGACAUGCCAGAGUCAGCAGAUGAAACAUUACAGGCGACCUCAGUGGAUACUAUCAGCAUGGAGGAGUUUAAACAUGCCAUGCUAGAGUUGGAAGGUCUGACAAUUAGUAAGGAGACCCCAUCAGAAGAGAACGACAUAGAGGAACAUGAUGGAGCUGAAUGUGAAAGCGAGAUCCCCUCAGAGGAUAUUCACAGCAAAACAGUUUCUGAAGUUUCCAAGGACUUGGGUAGGGACGAGGAUGAUGAAAUGGAGGAUGAGUGUCCUGAUUUGGUAGACCUGUCCACAUGCAACAAAGAGUUCAGGCCUUUCAGAGAUCAAGUCAGCCUUGAGAAAGAGCAGAGGAGGAGAACAACUAGUGAAAUGACCAUUGGAAGUGUUGGCAGUUGUUCCACUAUUCCACCAGAUGUCAUCAGGCAGAAAGUGAGGAGACAACUUACCAAACAGCAGAAGGCUGCUCAGAGACGACGUUUGCAGAAGGGUGAGGCCAACCUGGUGACCAAGGAGAGGCGAGAAAAUCAAAUCAACAUCAAAAGCAGUUUGGAUGCAGCUCAAUUCUGGGGCUGAGAAUGGCAUAGAAAUACUUCAAAAUAAAUCACUCUGGACUUCUAAAAUGUUUCUUUGCCUCUUAUCUAUUUGUGUAUGACAUUAAUAAAACCAUUGUAAAAACAAUGAACGUGGAAGUUGA